AUGCCUUCCUCAUCCUCACCCUUUAACCUCCAAACCUGCGCCCGCCCCAACAUCCUCGCCCUCCAACCCUACCGCUGCGCGCGCGACGACUACAAAGACGACGGCACCAACAUCCUCCUCGACGCCAACGAAAACGCCUUCGGCCCCUCCCUCCCCCCUCCCUCACCAGCGCCGACCUCUCCCUCAAGACUCUAA